CGGUGUAUAAAAGGAGAAGAGCCAUGAGAACAUAAACUAUAACUUCGACUUCAACCCCGUAAAAAUACCUUCGAUUCUCUGCUUUCAGAUUUUUACCUCCUCGCGAGACAGCGUAGCAAAGAAUUCUCAUAAAAGAAAAAGGAGAUGGCAACAACUGCGACUUCAACCCCAGAAUUUCGGAUUGAUCCAUCGCCAGAGAUUCAUGGAGAUGUGAUUUCAAAAGGCACACCGACUGAUAAAGCUUCGCAGGAAGGUCUCAGACCAACUGAAGGUAACAAAGAGGUUCACGUAAACGUGAGUCCAGAAGGCCCGAUAACUGCGGUGGUCGAUAACGAGGAUCGAGAAUUGUUUGCUGCUGCACUGAUGGGAGAUUGGAAAUAUGUCCAGCAAAAGGUCUCUCAAUAUAGCGAAGCAAUGAUGGCCAAAGUUAUGACCGUAGGACAUGAAUCUAUUACUGUGCUCGAUGUUGCGGUUAUUGCCACACAAGAUCAAUUGGUCGAGAACCUAGUAAAGCUCCUAAGUUCAAAAGAUGAAAAUGAAACUUUAACGAGGGCCCUCUGCAAUGCUGCUCGGGGUGGAAGAAUAAGGAUGGUAAAGGCAUUAGUAGACAAAAUUAAUUUUAAACCUGAAAGUGUAGCCCUUGCCCUAAAGACUGCUAUUUCAUGGGCUCCUAUGCAAAAGGAGGUUAUUGGGUACCUGGCCAAGCGUAUAUCCGCCCCAGAUGAUGAUAUUAUCAGCAGCCUUACUAUGGCCGGUCAUAUGGACAUAGUCUUCUUCUUAGAAGACCCACACCCCAGGCUACCUGCAACAGAAGAUACCAAACUCGAUAGAGUGUUGGAAUACUUGGUGCCUAUGAUGUCUUACUUCCGUAGUAGAGCUAGACUCAGCUUUUGGGAAAAUAUUAUUUCCAAAUGUAUCCCUCUAUGCUUGAUCAAUAAAUUAUUUCACAACUGCGAAGAAACGAAGUUGCCCAAAGAUUCUUUCAUAAGAAGGAUUGUAGAAUCGAAGUCGAGGGACACAUUUGGAAUUCUAACUCUUUUCAUGAAGAUAGUUACCAAGGAUUUUCCUACAAUACGCAAGCUUUUAUUGACUUCAAACAUUGUCAUUGAUGCUGCAUCUCGUGGAAUCUCUGAGUUUGUCCAUGUAUGUUUGAUUGUUUGUCCGGAGCUGAUGUGGGAAAAAAAUUUCACAAAAGAACUGAUAAAAGAAGUUGUGAAGGGACGGCAUGUCAAGUUGUUUAGACUACUGAGCGCACACAACACAACUCCAUAUUUGAUUGAUGAUAAGUUGACGAGACGCAGCUUGAUGGAGGCAGUUGUAGAAUGGUCACCAAGAUGUGUGUCAGCUGAUGUUUCUGGAGCAGCUUUUCUUAUACAGAGGGAACUCCAGUGGUUUAAGGUUGUGGAAGAUAUGAGCGAUCCUUCUUCAAAAAGUCUGAAGUUUAAGGUAUCAAAAGAGGAAGAUGGGAGCGAUCCUUCUUUUAAGAGUCUGAAAUUUGAAGAUGUAAAAGAAAGGAGAGGGAAAACAUACUGGGAAGUUUUUGUAGAACAACGCCAAGAUUUGCUCAAAGAGGCUGGACAAUGGAUGAAGGAUACAUCAUCAUCUUGUAGCCUUGUUGCGACUCUCAUCAUUACAGUUGCUUUUGCUGCAGCUUUUACAGUACCUGGAGGCAACGACAGCAGUACGGGGAUCCCAAUCUUUCUGAAGAAGAGCUCAUUUAUUGUAUUUGCAAUUGCAGACGCUCUCGCUCUCUUCUCCUCCGUCACCGCCACCUUGAUGUUCUUGGCUAUCCUAACUUCACGUUACGCCAUUGAAGAUUUCCUCCAAUCGCUACCGAGAAAAAUGAUAUUGGGCCUCACUUUUCUCUUCCUCUCUUUGGCCUUUAUGAUGAUGGCGUUUGGCUCUGCUCUUACGAUCGUCUUAAGCGAACGAUUAAAGUGGAUUUACAUCCCAAUUACUUUGCUGGCCGCCUUCCCAAUCAUAUUGUUUGCAAUCCUACAACUUCCCUUGUAUGUUGAAAUGGUCGAAUCCACCUGUUUGCCUCCCCUCUACCGUCCCAUUAACAUUUGGAAAUAAUCUCCACUAUUAUUAGACAAAGACAUCUGUAAUGUCAUCUUUGUUUGCAUAUGUUACUGUGUGUGAUGCGAAUAUCAUGCUUUCCUCAUUUUAAAGACUUGAAGUGUAACAUCAAUCGUACUUGCACUAAAGUUUAAUACAUGCUGUCAAGUGCACACCU